GCUUGGUUCCAUUACUGUUAAUCUAUAGAUAGAUCAGUGAAUUGAAAAACUAUAUUGUAGGAGUCUUGAAACUUGUAUGAGUGAAUCAUGUACCUAUUUUCUUUUCCGUUCUCCCUCUUUCUCCUACACAUUGAUGGAUGGAAUGUGUGAUUUUGAUAAUUUCGAACAUUUUGUAAAUGAUUAGAUAUGUUUCGAGUUGGGCAUCACUUUUUGAUUUGUUGUUGUUCACCAGAGUUUCAAUUUGGGUUCCAUCUUCGCUUGGAUCGGAUCCCAAUGUCUUUGCUACAGUAUCUCCUUUUGUCUAUAAAUUCUCUUCUCAACAGUUAUAAUUCAAUUUUGAUGAGGUAGAUUUGAAUGCAUCAACAUUGUUUUACCAAAGUUUGAUAAAUUUCUUUGUAGUUUUCGGAUGGAAUAUGAUUCUGUUUAUGUAAUCCUGAAUUCCUAUGAAAAUGAGCAAAUAAGGAAGUUCAACUUGUAAAUAUGUGAUUGUAAAUGAUUUUGAAAUUCCAAAUUUGAAGUCAUAUGACAUGUUUAUAUCUAUUCAAAUAUUUCUGAAGGUGCUGUGAAAAUGAGGAGAUUUCCCUUGUAAAUAUAUUACUUACACUUGUGUGUGAUACCUGUAAGGAUAAGUGUAAACUCUUUUUUCGAUUGACACAAGUUCUAGUCUCAAUGAGGCAAUUCCACCUGUGAAUGUGUAAAUUCCAUUUGCAAAUAUGCUCAUCACACUUGUAUAUGAUGUCUUGUAAGGGUAAGAUGCGAAAUCCAUCUCAAUUUUGGCAAUUUUGCUUGAAAACGCAAAAUGUAUAAAUUUCACUUCGUAAAAAUAUGCUAAUUACACUUGUAAAUGAUGCCUUUGGUGAGACUCAAAAUUCAUCCUUCAAACCUCUUUAAAGCUAAAAGAGGUCUCAUUGAUAACAAUCAUUGUCAUUUUCUGUGAACCAGUGAGGAAAACAUUAGACACAUCCUUAUACAUUGUCACGUAGUGAGAGAAGUGUGGAAUUUUUUUAUUUCUCCUAACCAUUUAGGCAUGCUUUAAAAAACUACAUUUUUCUAGGUUUUCUUGGCAACCAUAAGGCUUUUUGGCUAGUGUGAUUUAAUCCUACUUGACCCUUAUUUUUUUAACACACAAAAGGAAGAAUGGAACUAUGAGUGUUCUUGUGGUGUUUCGGUAAUGUCUGCUUUGUUAUGAGCAGAAGGUCAUUAACAGCUUCAUCAGAGAUUACGUCUUUCAAUGUGAUUAUAAUGUGUUGGAAGGUGCCGUUUUAUGUACUCAUGCUUGAAGGAGUUGGUUUCCUCUUGAUUUUAGAUAUGCACUAUAAAAUGCCUCAUGGUGAAGCUACAAUAAAAAUAAGGAGGAAAGAUGCCUCCUCUAAUCAUGAAUUUGUGUGGAUGUGUAUAGCUGAGAUGGGAAUGAAACCCAUAAUUUUUUUUUAUUUUCUAAAUCUACAAUCAAUCAAUAAAAACAGUGAUGUUUGGGUAAUGUAUGCUUUGUUAUGAGCAGAAGGUCAUUAACAGCUUUAUCAGAGAUUAUGUCUUCCGAUGCGAUUAUAAUGUGUUGGAAGGUGCAGUUUUAUGCACUCGCUUGAUGGAGAUGGUUUCCUCUUCAUCUUAGAUAUGCACUAUAAAAUGCCUCAUGGUGAAGCAACAAUAAAAAUAAGGGGGAAAGAUGCCUGCUCUAAUCAUGAAUUUGGGUGGAUGUGUAUAACUGAGAUGGGAAUGAAACUUUUUUUUUUUUUUCUAUAGUCUACAAAUAUGAUGGCAAAGCUAGCAAAUCUCUCUGGCAUCAUUAGGAAAUUAUGCCAGAUGCUCUCCUGAUCAUGCUAGCACUAACAGUCAAGUGUCCCAGAAUUGAAAGAUUUUAACCCAACAGGUGUAAGUAAAAUUAGGACGGCUCUGGUCCUUCCCAAUAGAUUUACUCUGGUCUGACAAUGCUUGAAUCUCACUUACUUGUAUUUCACUGUCAAGGGAUGUUAGGCUUUUCCAUCAGCAAGUAACUUUUCUUUCAGUUUUGAUUUAGUGGAAUCUAUCUUUCUAUACUGCUUUAUCAAUGUACAAACUUCAUGAGCAUUGUGACCAUUGCAGCCGUUAUGCUAUUCUUUCCUCUGAUAGAUUUGUGAUAUUUUGUGCUUCUCUUUUUUCCUGACUUUUUUUCUUCAGGGUAAAGAUAUGAUAUCCUAAACUUCUCCUACCAGCUUUCAGUCUUCAUGUUUUCGUAAUACUGUUGCCAAACUUGUCAGAUAUCCUUCUCUAACUGGAUCACCAAGAAGGAAAGAGCGGCUUUUGAAGAUUUUGGUCUGCAUUGAUGCUAGAAGCCUUGAGGGGGGAGUAUUUUUUUCUCAAAGAAAUUCUGCUUUACCAAUAUAAGCUUUGUAAUAUAUAUUGUAUGCCAUUGAUGUGUACUGAUUCUCUGAGAAAAUGAUGAGAUUUGUUAAUCAUUCCUGGAGGUAAUUUUCAAGAAACGCUAUUACCUUACCUGUGGUCAGUGAUCACUUCUAAUAACAUAUGGCGGCUCUCACUCCAGAAAGUUCAAAUGUUGAAGCACGGCAUCAUGCACUAACUCCACCGAAAGUUUUAAGGGGUCUGGUGUGUCUAGUGGUGCUGUUUUGCACUGCAUUUAUAAUGAUAGUGUACUUUGGCUUUGCCUGUGCUGUUAUAGUGCGACUAUUUAGCAUACAUUACAGCAGAAAGGCAACUUCCUUUUUCUUUGGUGCUUGGCUAGCUUUGUGGCCUUUCCUAUUUGAGAAGAUAAACAAGACCAAAGUCACCUUUUCUGGAGACAUUGUGCAGUCCGAAGAACGGAUCUUGCUGAUUGCAAAUCAUAGAACUGAGGUUGAUUGGAUGUAUUUAUGGGACCUUGCCUUGCGCAAGGGAUGCAUUGGAUACAUAAAAUAUGUACUUAAGAGCAGCUUGAUGAGACUCCCUGUAUUUGGUUGGGCAUUUCACAUACUGGAAUUCAUCCCGGUGGAAAGGAAGUGGGAGGUUGAUGAAUCAACCAUGCGAAGCAUGCUCUCUACUUUCAAGGAUCCUCAAGAUCCACUUUGGCUUGCUCUCUUCCCAGAAGGCACUGAUUUUACUGAGAAGAAGCGUGAUCAGUGUCAAAAAUACGCUGCUGAACAUGGGUUACCCAUUCUGAAACAUGUUUUGCUUCCAAGGACAAAGGGCUUCUGCACCUGCUUGACAGAAUUGAGGGGUUCUCUGGAUGCAGUUUAUGAUGUGACCAUCGGCUACAAAUACCGCUGCCCAUCUUUUCUGGACAAUGUCUUCGGAGUGGCUCCUUCUGAAGUUCACAUGCAUGUCUGCAGAAUCUCCCUUGACUGUAUCCCAGAAUCUGAAGAUGAAAUGUCGUCGUGGUUGAUCAAUAGGUUUCGGAUUAAGGACCAAUUGCUGUCAAAUUUUUAUGGCCAAGGUCAGUUCCCUAAUCAAGUAACAGAAAAGGAGCUCUCUGAUGUGAAGAGUAUUUUAAACUUCAUGGCGGUUAUCAUGGUAACUGGGACAUGUAUGUUCUACAUUUUCUCAUCUGUCUGGUUCAAAAUCUAUGUUUCUUUAGUAUGCGCUUAUUUGGCUUCUGCUACCUAUUUAAAUGUUCGUCCUUAUCCAUGGAUUUGAGAUCAUUCUAUGAUUUUGUUGUUGUAAUAUGAACAUUGUAAUGUACUACUUGCUAGUGCAUGUAAUUUCAUCCCAUGUUUUAUGA